GAUGUCACGUUAAAAGAUAUCAUGUUGAAAAUUUGGAUAAACAAUGAGACAAAGAGAGAUUAGUUUUAUUUUGAUUUAUAACAACGGAAAUAUAAGAUACCAUUGAAAUCUUAAUAUCAACUGAAUGUGAGCUUGAAUAUGCAUCCGCGCGUAGUCUAUUACACGUGAUAUUUGUAUUUUCAUAUUGUCAUUCGUAAAGAAUAACAACAUUUAAUUUUAACGCUUUAAUAAGAGUCAUCCUUCGAUAAGGUAUUAAAUAAAAAAAAAAAAAAAAAAAGAAAAAUAUAAUAACAAUAAUAAUAUAAGACAUGUGACUUUAUAUAUUUGAAUCUUAAAAUUUUCUCGAAGUAAGAAAACAAAGGUUUCUUUAAAAUCACUUUGGACUGCAUUGAAUACAUUGAAGAAGAAAAAGAAGAAGAAGAAGAAGAAGAGAAAAAACAAAAAGAAAUAUCAGAGAAAAACGAAAAGAGGAUCCGUAAUCGAUAGGGAAUUUCUUAUGUCUCUCCCGAACAACAUGCAUUAGCCUUCUUCAAGAUUAGAAAGGGAAGAGAGAGAGAGAGAAAGAGAAAGAGAAAGAGAAAGAGAGAUAGAUUGAGAAACAUAGAUGAAGCUAUAGAGAUGGAAGAACAAAGAAGACCUUCCGAAUCUUCCGAACAGAUAGAAUUUAAGAGAAAGGACAGCAAGGAUUAGCAUUUAUUUAGGUGUGUUGUGAGUGAAGUCAACAAGCGACAAGGCUGUUACAUAAAUAUUCGAUGAGAGAAAUAUUACUGUUAUAUGUAAUGGUCUUCGAUGAUGGCGGAUAAAAAAUUGAAGAGAAGAGAUCGGAGAAGGGAAUAUUUAGUGUUUCAGAAUCCUUCGAGAAAAAGAGUAAAGGAUAUAUAUUUGUGAUGUUCCAAAGAGAAUCCGCAGUGGUAGCGGGAAAGUAACGGGGAAAGGAUCGGGUCUUUCCUCUUGAGUGGAGCAGAAGCGCGAGAUAAAGGUAUAGAAGUAGUAACAUGUAACAAAGGAGAAGAAGAAGAAGAAGAAGAAGGAGAAAGAAGGAGAAAGAAAGAAAGAAGAAGAAGAAGAAGAAGAAGAAGAAGAAGAAGAAGAAGAAGAAGGCCUUCAUUCCCUAAUACAAUCCCAUCCUUAAAAGCAAUCAUAUUGAUUAAGAGCGCACCAUCCUCGCCGAAACACGAGACGGCCGGAUGGCCGGCGUAGUUCCUGUUUAUUUAUCCCCUAAAUUGCAAGGGAGCAAUUACUAAUACGAGGAUAAUCGAUUUAUUUAAGAAAAGAUUUUCGAAGGUCAACUGGUCAUCUCACCGCACUUCGUCUUCGAGAAGCUCUAGCAUUCCUAGUAGGGUUGCCAGUAGAAAGCACCUAAGUCACUAGGACACCUAAGUGCUGAGGGAAAGCAUCGAGUCGUUACACCUGGCGCGAAAGCACUAUAAAUCGUACAAAGGUGCUGUGAUUGGUGCGGAAGUGCUCAACACUGACGUGAUCGAGCUACAACUUUGAAAAAAGCUAGUAAAAUCGUCCUACCCUGUUUUAAAUCAUUGGCCGGAUAUGUCAGGUGAAGGGCUCCGUGUUGGCUCGACGAGGAAAGGAAAAAAGGGAAAGGUUUCGACGUCCCGUCGUCGUGAGUAUUACGGUGGCCGCGCAUUUUCCCACACCUCAACAGUUACUACAACCAGCGGAAGAUUUAAACUUGAAUCCAUGCGCGUGUCAAAAUGGUAGAGACGCAAAAGGCCCUGCUGUUAGUAGUAUUGGCUGUCCUGGCCUAUCCAAACGAUAUUUUCGGCGGUGCUUAUCAGCCAGAAUUUGCUGGCCCUAUUACGAAUUUAACGAUACCACUUGGAAGGGACGCGACCUUCACGUGCCUAGUCAAACAUUUAGGAGGAUACAGGGUAGGCUGGGUGAAGGCCGACACCAAAGCUAUACAGGCCAUUCACGAUCACGUAAUAACACACAACAAGAGAAUUUCGGUGUCUCAUAGUGAUCAUACCAUGUGGAAUCUUAAUAUAAAGGGUGUCCAAGUAGAAGAUGAGGGUUUAUAUAUGUGUCAGAUUAAUACGGAUCCGAUGAAAAGCCAGACAGGUAUGCUGUCAAUCGUGGUACCACCUGACUUCGUACCAGAAGAUACAUCCAGUGACGUCAACGUUGGUGAAAAUGGUCAGGUGAAGUUAACGUGCCGUGCAAGAGGCGUACCCCCGCCCCGCGUAUCCUGGCGUAGAGAAGACGGCAAGGGUAUUAUAAUUCGGGAGCCAGCAGGAAGUGCUUUGAACCAGAAGUCUCACGUAACAACUCUAACCGAAUUUCAUGGGGAGGAAUUAAAGUUAACGAAAAUCUCGAGGACCGAAAUGGGCGUUUAUUUAUGUAUUGCUAGCAAUGGAGUACCACCGGCAGUUAGCAAAAGAAUUUCUAUAAACGUUCAUUUCACUCCUGCUAUUCAUGUACCUAAUCAACUAGUUGGAGCUCCUUUAGGUACUGAUGUUGUUUUGGAAUGCUACGUCGAAGCAUCUCCUAUGUCGAUUAAUUAUUGGAUGAAGGAAAAAGGAACGAUGAUAAUAUCCAGUACGCAACACGUAGUCGACAUGAUCGAGAAGUCUACAUUUGAAGUACGUAUGAUCCUGACGAUAAAGAAUCUACAGAAACACGACGUGGGAACGUAUCACUGUGCAGCGAAAAAUUCUCUUGGCGAAGUUGACAGCACAAUUCGUUUGUACGAAAUACCUGGACCAGCUAAAACGGAACUGGCUACUUGGGCUUCCUUCUACGAUGAGGAUAAUAACAAGAUCCCUUAUGGUCAAGCGGAGAUGGAUAAGACGGAAAACAAUUCCGUUUAUAUGGAAAACUCUCUUCUUCACGGUUCAAACCACGCACGCCUUCCGCCAACAUUGGCAACGGCUUUACCUACCUCCGUCAAAAUUGGCAAAAAUCGACCGACUGUUAACAUCUCUUCUUAUGCCAACGAUCUUACCAUAAGACAUAACGCUUUAUUAUUAUUAUUAUUAUUAUUAUUAUCAUCAUUAUCAUUAUUUUCGAGCACUAUGCCUUGGUGAUCACAGUGAUGACGAUAAUGAUGAUCGAGAGACUCGAACUAAAUCAAGCUGAUCGUUUAUAAUUUUCCCGUUUUAUUCGAGAUUUAUCGAGUGAAUAUUAUUGAUAUUAUGUCCGACAUUAUUAUUCAUUAUUGAAGAGAAAGAGAGAGAGAAAGAGAGAUAGAGAGAGAGAGAGAGAGAGAGAGAUUACUUUAAUAGUUUAGACGUUGAUAAAAUUUCUUGAUCAUCAUCGUCUUACUUGAUACAUCAACUGUACUAUCAAUUUGCAUCAUGGAUAUAAGGCGCUUCAUAUUUGUAUAAAUUGAAUUAGUUAAGGAAAGAGAAAAAGAGAGAGAGAGAGAGAAAGAGAAAGAGAGAGAAAAAGAGCUGAUGAACAUUUUAAAUAUCCAUAUAAAAUUCCAUCGCGUAUGUAUAUGUAUGUAAAACGCGUCGCCUUUUAUCGUAUAUCAAAAUCGCGUUUUCAUCGAGUUCUAUAUCGACAUUUACGAAUGAUCAGAAGGUUAAAUAAUCGCAUAAUCCUUUAAAUUUGUUUAAAUUAUAUAAAUAUAGCAUGUAGUAUCGUUAGUUUUUAAUCAGAUCUGGGCAUUAAGAAAAUUCAUUAUUAUUUCUCAAUUUCAUUUUUAAUAAUAUUAAACUAAUUACGUAUGUGUGUGUGUGUGUGUGUGUGUGUGUGUGUGUGUUGUGUGUAUGUCACAUUUGUUUCAUUAGAAAUGAUUUAAUUCGAAUGAAAUAUUAUCUUGAUAUAAUUAAUUUAAAUAUACGAUAUGAGAUCAAAAAUUUUUGAUUGAUUUUAAGAAUCGAUAUAUACUCUUUACCGAGAUUUUUUAUAAACUGUUCAAAUUGUAAAACUAAAAGCUCAAUUACAAGUUUAAAAAAAAGUCUUGAAAAAAAGAGUAAUUGAUUUUUCAAAUCAUUCAAAAACUUUCGAUUCAUCCUAUGUAUGUAUAAAUGUUAAGUAUAUAAAUGGUUUCUUUUUUCUUUUUUUUUUUCUUUUUGCUUUUUUCUCUUUCUUUUUACUUUUUGUUUUUAUAAAUUGUUUGUCACGAUCACAAAAAUGGAUUUCGUUAUUUGAGAUAUUGCUUGAACUGCUUCUUCUUUUUUUUUUUUUGUUUUUUUGUUUUUUUGUUUUUUUUUGUUUGAAAACAACAAAUGUGCCCAGAUCUGACUUCGACGAGAGACGAUAUUAUUUUCUGCGAGAAGAUUGUGGAUAGCUUCUCUGGAAGAGUAAUCAAAGACUGAAGAAGAAGAAAUAGAAGAAGAAGAAAAAGAAGAAGAAAAAGAAAACGAAGAAGAAGAUCUAUUAAUUGUCACUCGCAAACACUUUCACCGGUUGACGAUACUUUAGCAUUUAUAAAAUAAAAAACUUAUAUAAUAUUAUAAAACAAAAAAAAAGAAAGAAAGAAAGAAAGAAAGAAAGAAAUUUUUACACGGUACACCGAUCCUCUUGAUUUACGCGAUGUGUUUGUUCUUCAUGCGAUUAUUUUUUACGCGAAUAAAAAUCACCUAAAAUGAAAUCUGCCAAUAUGGAAAAAAAAUAUUACAGAUAGAAAAGUCAUGGUAUAAGUUAUAAAAAUAUUUAUUCUUCAUAUAGUUUCAUAUCAGGAAAAAAAAGGGGGUAGGGGGGAGGAGAGAAAAAAAAAGGGAAAAAUUAUAAAGUAUUCUGCAAAAUAUAAAAGAAAUUUUAUUCGUUGUUUCGUUAUCGUGGUAUCAAAGCUUUAAACGAAUCAAUGUUUUCUCUUUUAAUUAUUUCAAGGUCAAAGCAUUCAUUAAAAAAAAAAAAAAAAUCUCAUCUUUGUCGUACUUUAGUCAUAUUGAGUGAAAAUUCUAUUAAAAAAAAAAAAAUUUUUAGAAAAAUAUACGUAUGUAAUUUCUAAUCGCGUGAAAUUAGAUCGCGUUUAAUGAUACCGCUGUAUAAAAUAAUUAAAAUAAAAUAUAAAAUUGAUAUAAAUAAAAUAAUUA